AUGAGUCGCUGGGAUACAUUACCUUCUAACACACGGACAAAUCCGACGUUCUUUCCACAGAACAAUCCUAUCAGUAGUGGGCCGGAAAUGUCACAACCAACAGGACAAAUUGCUCCACUCACUUCUGCCGAAGUAGACCAACAUGGUAGCAUAGGUAAAUAUCUACGACAAGAACUCGAAGGAAGUUACUCUGGAUUUAUCCGUUGUAUUUAUGAAGCAAAAAGAACCAACAACAAAAUCGUAACAGUCGGAUGUGAGCGAGAAGCCGGUUGUUGCGCACAUGGAUGUUGUGCCAAAGAUCAGCAUUGGAUGGCGGGUGUUUAUGUGUUGUUAGCAUUUGUACUCGUAGUGUUUAUUGUUGGUACAAUUCUUAUGAUCGUCUGCUAUCAGCGUUCCAAAAAUCGUCAAAGAAAAGAAGAAAGAGAAUUUGCAGCACAAUACAAUGGAUAUUCAACAAAUUCACAGGUUGGCGGAAUGGGUGAUUAUACCAAUUACGGUGGGCCAACAUAUUAA